CUAUAAUACAAAAAAGGUCAGCGUGUUCAAAUUUUGGUUGCACGGCCACCUGAAAUAAUAAUUUUCACCACCCACCAUCUCCACCUAUAUAUAAAUUCACAACCCACUUCUCUUCAAAUUGAAGUUUCCAUUACUGAGUAUCAGUUCAUUGAUUUCAUACAGGACAUAAUUUGCAUUUAUUUUGAUCAUGGCACCAGCUACAGCAACGGGGGAUUCGAUUAAGCCCAGAGAUGUUUGCAUCGUUGGUGUUGCCCGAACACCAAUGGGUGGCUUUCUUGGCUCCCUUUCAUCACUGUCAGCAACCAAGCUUGGAUCUAUAGCUAUUGAGAGUGCUCUUCAGAGAGCAAACAUUGAUCCAUCACUAGUACAAGAAAUUUUCUUUGGAAAUGUACUCAGUGCAAACUUGGGACAGGCUCCAGCUAGGCAGGCAGCAUUAGGUGCAGGGAUACCCAAUACAGUGAUUUGCACUACCGUUAACAAAGUCUGUGCAUCAGGGAUGAAAGCAACUGUGCUUGCAGCACAAAGUAUCCAGUUGGGCAUCAAUGAUGUUGUUGUGGCUGGUGGCAUGGAAAGCAUGUCCAAUGUCCCUAAAUACUUAGCCGAAGCAAGGAAAGGAUCUCGACUUGGACAUGAUACUCUUGUUGAUGGGAUGCUGAGAGAUGGACUAUGGGAUGUCUACAAUGACUUUGGAAUGGGUGUUUGUGCUGAAUUGUGUGCCGAACACCAUGAAGUCACGAGAGAGGAGCAGGACAAUUAUGCAAUUCGAAGCUUUGAGCGUGCCAUUGCUGCUCAAGAUAGUGGUGCCUUUGCAUGGGAGAUUGCUCCAGUUGAAGUAUCUGGAGGAAGAGGAAGACCAUCUACAGUAGUUGAUAAAGAUGAAGGUCUAGGAAAGUUUGAUGCUGCAAAGUUAAGGAAACUUCGACCAAGUUUUAAGGAAAAUGGUGGUACUGUCACUGCUGGCAAUGCUUCUAGCAUAAGCGACGGUGCUGCUGCUCUGGUCUUAGUGAGUGGAGAGAAGGCUGUGAAGCUUGGACUACAAGUCAUUGCAAAAAUCUCUGGAUAUGCUGAUGCUGCUCAGGCACCAGAAUUAUUUACAACUUCUCCAGCUCUUGCCAUUCCGAAGGCUAUUUCAAAUGCUGGCUUAGAAGCAUCUCAAAUAGAUUAUUAUGAAAUCAACGAAGCCUUUUCGGUUGUAGCUCUUGCUAAUCAGAAAUUGUUGGGGCUUAAUCCAGAAAAAGUAAAUGUACAUGGUGGAGCUGUAUCCUUAGGACAUCCUUUAGGUUGUAGUGGAGCACGUAUAUUGGUCACGCUUUUGGGGGUAUUGAGGCAAAACAACGGAAAACGUGGAAUUGGUGGUGUUUGCAAUGGAGGAGGAGGUGCUUCAGCACUCGUGAUAGAGCUUGUAUAAUCAUUUUCUGCUUUUUGUUACUUUCAAGAGAUACGUAUGCCAUGAAGAGAUGGACCUAACAAAGGAGUAAAUUGUGUGUGUAUUUUCUUUUAAUUUAGAAGUAUAGUGAUUUCCUUUUCUUCAUUUAAUAAAUGGAAAUAUACUUGGAUUGUACGAGGGAGAUUACAUUUGUAAACCUAAAAAUGAAAAGAGAAUGUAGUUAAUUUCACUCAUCCCUCGUCGUCUCUCCCAGGAUUUUCCAAGAUUGUAAAACACAAUCAUUCGAAUCUUAUUUCUUUGUGAGAGUUCAUUGUUGGAAUUCGAUUUCUUUGCGAUUUAGAGUUUA